AUGGAAGCGGUCGCCCCCACUUUGCUGGCCAUUGUUCUUGUAUACUGCUGUUUUCAUCUCGUACGCCCUAGAACAUCCCGACUCCCUUUGCCUCCAGGGCCCUCCCUUCUCUCCGUACCAUUUCCCGAGAAAGAUAUCGCGACCACAUUUCGAAAAUGGAAUAAAAUAUAUGGCCCUCUAGUUAGCUUCAAGAUUGGAAGACGUACGUUUGUCGUCCUCGGAACCCGCCGAGCCGCACAGGAUCUGCUGCAGAAGCGAGGCAGCAUCUACAGCUCUCGGCCCCCUUCGGUAUGGAUGGAAAAGUACCUCAACAAGGGACUGGCAGCAGCAUUCAUGCCGUAUGGCCCUGAGUGGAGGCUGAAUCGGCGUCUGCAUGGCUCCCUGCUGAGUGCUCAUCACAUCACUGCAUAUCGUCAUUUGCAAGAUAUCCAGAGCAAGCAUCUCCAGCACGAGUUUCUCUCGACCAAUAACUUCUCCCACUGCUUUCAUCAAUACACGUCGAAUAAGAUUGGAGCAAAUCAACGAUAUGGCAGGUUUUUGUUGCAAGUGGCGUCUUUCUGGACCGUCCUGAUUGACCUGUUCCCCAUUCUCGACCGUCUACCCCGGAUCUUUUGGAAAUGGAGGGCAGAAGCCGCUCGACUUCAUGACAAGACUAUGGUUGUGUAUCGCGAAUGCUGCGAGGAGGCUCUUGCAGCAGAGUGCUGGAACUGGAGCAAAGAAGUCACACAGAAACCGGAUGUCAUGCAGCUCCCUUGGGACAAUGUAUGUUACUCGCUUGGGGAACUGUAUAUAGCAGGCAUUCAUACAACCAAAAUGGUGCUAGAGCUGUUUGUCAUGGUGAGCAUCUUGUAUCCUGACGUGGUACGCAAGGCACAGCAAGAGUUGGAUUCGGUGGUGGGCGCAGAUCGGUUGCCUUCAUUCGACGACAUGGAAAGUCUGCCGUAUAUCAAUGCGAUCAUUUCCGAGCUUCUGCGAUGGCGGCCAAUAUCCCGUAUUGCCGUGCCACAUGCGGCAAUACAAGAUGACGAAUACAUGGGAUAUUUCAUCCCCCGAGGUACAACAGUCAUUGCGAAUCAAUUCGGAAUGAAUAUGGACGACGCAUUGUUCAACGACCCUUCCAGCUUUCACCCGGAACGGUAUGUAGAGGACCCGGAUCUUCCAGUGUCGGCUUUUGGGUUUGGCCGGAGAGCCUGUCCAGGUCAUCGCCUGGCUCGGUCAAGCUUAUUCAUUGUCAUUUCGCGUUUGCUUUGGGGUUUCAAUAUCACAUACGCGGGCAAGGAGCCACUGACCGAGGAAUCCUCGCCGGCUGCAGUCAAGGCCACAUUCCAAGUCCGGAGUCCUCACAGACAAGAAAUCAUAGAAAGGAAUUGGGCCUUAGCAGAGAACGAUGAACGCAUUGUCCUAUCACAGAUCGAGUUUAGAAUUCAUAGUAAAUAA